AUGGAUAUACAAGAAAAUAUUAGAGAUAAAGAAAAAUAUGAAUAUAGUUUGAAUGAAGUAAAUGAUAAAUGUAAAUACGAAAAAAAAAAAAAAUUAUAUGAACUAAAUAAUUUACAUAAUUUAGUAAAUGCUUUACCGUAUAUUGAUUCCUAUGACAAUGAAUUGGAACAAGUGGCAAAAAAAAUGGUUGAAGAAGAAAUGAAAUUAAUGAAUGAAAAAAAUGAAGUAAAAAAUUAUUUAGAAGAUUAUCAUAUUCCAUCGUUAAUGUAUUUGAAUAAUGAAAAUUCAGUUAUACAUAAUGAAUUAAGAAGAUGUGAAGAAAAUAAAAAAAUGGAGAAACUUAAUUUCGAUUAUUAUAAUAUAAGCCAUACACUAAAUGAUAUGAGUAUUAAUGAAUGGAAGAGUACAUUGAAAAAAUAUGAGAUUAUUUUAGAAAAUUCACAUAAUGCUUUAAUAAAUAUUGAAUUAAUGAAUAAAUAUAAAGAUGUAAUGUGGAGCGAACACAUGAAAAUAUUUAGUCAUAUAGAUAUAAAUUUACAAAAUAACAUAAAAUCAUUAAAAGAAGAAAUAGAAAAUAUAAAUAAAAAAAGAAAAUUACAUCAAUUACAGUUUGUAAACGAUUUAACUACCUUACAAAAUGAAAGAAAAGAAUAUAAAAGGAAGAAUAAUAUUAUUUUAAGUGAAAUAAAAAAAUUACUAUCUGAAAAUAUGCUAAUGCAAUAUAAGAAAAAUUUGAUAUAA